GGAGUAGCCUUGGCAUUUAAGUACGGCAUAAUCAGCUUCCGCGGGUUACUACACUGCAAGUAUUUGUCAAAGAUGACUGGAAAAGUUGAGGUAUGUCUGUGCAGUUUCACUUCCCCCUUUUCUUACAGUAACAUUGAUCGGAUGAAGGGAAUUACACCUCUCUGAAAUCAAAAGGUUUUCAGUCUGGUUUGUAAAGCUGUAGCUGUAAAGGAGAUGGGAAGAUGUGUAAUGCUUAAAAAUGAAUAAUUAAGAGAAAGAAAGAAAGAAAGAAAGAAAGAGCGACAACCUGUUAUUUAAAGUGAUGAACUGUAGUUUGAAUUUCUGCUGACACCGACACUGAACCCUGAUCUGGAAAAAGGUACGCAACUUGUUUUACAUUUUGAAAUCAACAUAUUUUAAGUGAAAAAGUAGAAAAAUAAUAAAUUCAUGUGUGAAAAUUUGCAUUUGCAAUAUUUGAGAUAGAUUUUUCAUAUUUUGUUUAACAUGGUUUUACCACAUAAAAAGUAAAAAAAAAAAAGACAAAGGGAACUUGUUUUGUUUUUAUUAUUAUGAUGAUGAUGAUGGACGUUUAUGUUGCUCUGUAUCCGCUUCAUAAGCAACUGAUGCUAACACGCCAAUCAUAUUAACUUCAUAUGGAGAUAAUGUGACACUCCUGUGUCCCCUUUAUUAAAUUUAAUACAGCUGCACAACAGAAACACACGUGCUGUUACUGAUUGAUAGAAAUCAGUCUCUUGCACUGGGAGCCAGUGUGUGUGUGUGUGUGUGUGUUACCGUGGUGCCAGCUUUAAGAUCUGCUCACAAUGACGUUUAACAUGUGCACAGGUCAGGAGGAAUAGUUGUGUAUCCGACACAGUGUCCAGGUUUCAGCAUUUCAUUUGGAAUUGACAAGUAUUGAUUGAAACGUAGCUUCAGAGCUAAUUUGAAUCAGAUUUUUUUUUUUGUACAUAUACAUGAUGUAUUUUAACACUAUACAUCUAAGUUUAGGGAAAGAAAAAAAAUAAUAACACUUAGUCAUGACACUCGUUGAAACAAUGAUUCAGGAAAUCUUUAAACUUCCUUAUCGCUUUAAUGAGAAACCACGGUCUGUGUCUGUGCCAAAUUUAGCUCUGCAGUGUCAGUCUCAGGUGCUCACAUGCCUGUUUGAAGAAAUAACAAAGACCUCAAUAGAAACACCUAAGAUCUUUUUUAUUUCUUUAACAAAAGGUGCACUGAAGAGUUUAAUUCGACAACAAGUAAUGAGUGUUUUGCCGGACUGGCUUUUCCCUGUUCUCUGCAAGUUCACCUGAUACCUGAUCUGUGUAAAUAGAGUGACUCUUCAGCUUUAUCAGCUCAAGUAUCUCACCAGGAAGUUGAUGCACAUGGCCUAAAGGUGAAUCACACAACGGUGGGCUUUCACACUAAAGUAUUCUGGAGUUUCCCCCUGGGUGUGGAUAACUGGAGGGGAAGAGGAGUGAGUGGGAGGAGGAACGACAGAGAUGAGACGCUGAAGGCUGAGGGGAACGAGCACCGAUGAGGACACUGUAACUGGAAGGCGCAGCUAUGGCCACCAUCUGCAACAAGACAGAAGACAGCAACUACACCGACGUAGACCAACUGAUGAGACGCUAUUUCCUGCCCGCCUCCUACACCGCCAUCUUCAUCGUGGGCCUGGUGGGAAAUGUAACCUCCAUCUGCAUUUACCUGACAAAGCUGCGUCCCUGGAAGAGCAGCAGCAUCAUCAUGGUCAACCUGGCGCUGACCGACCUCCUCUACGUCCUCAGCAUGCCCUUCCUGGUUUACUACUACAGCAGCGGGGAGUCGUGGACGCUCAGCGACUUCAUGUGCCGCUACGUGCGCUUUGGGUUUCAUUUUAACCUCUAUGGGAGCAUCCUCUUCCUAACGUGUUUUGCUGUUUUCCGCUACGUGGUGGUGGCGAAGCCUUUGAGGGCAGCACAGGUGGAGCAGAAGUUUUGGGGUAUAUGUGCGUGCUCAGCUGUCUGGAUCAUCGCUGCUGCUGAAACCACUCCUAUUAUGGUGAUUAUAUCGCCGGUUAAAUGCGACAACAAGACCUACUGCUUGGACUUUGCGAGCACCGAACCCGUGAACAACGUGCACUGGUACAGCUGGCUGCUCACUGCACUCGGGUUUCUUCUUCCCCUCGUGGUGGUGUUCAUGUGUUACAUCGGUAUAGUGAGGAAGUUAGCAGAGGGGCCUUACACGGCCAGUCCCAGUCGUGUGCGAGCGCGACGCGUGACCGUGCUAAUCCUGGUGGUGUUUGUCGUGUGUUUCCUGCCAUAUCACAUCUUGCGUGUGUUGCGGAUAGAAACGCGGAUACGGAAGACGUCGUACAUGAUGCAGCUCGUUGUCGAUGCAGCGUAUAUUGUCUCCAGGCCUCUGGCUGGACUCAACACGGUUUUUAACCUGGCUCUGUACACUCUGUCAGGUGACAAGUUUAGGAACGCCUUCCUCAGCACUUUCCACUGGGAACGUUGGCUGACCAAGACCAGGAUGCUGCUCCACAUAACCACCAUCAAGAAGGCAGGUUGUGACAUGCCUGCUGCAUGAGUGAAAACUGUCCGACACCUUCCUCUGACCUCUUAGACUCAUAAUGGACAUAAUGUAAACUCACUCACUCAGACAUGGACAAGGAAAGCUGGAUGAAAGCAGACCACCAUUUAGUUUUGGUUUGUCUUGGGCAGGAACUGUGUGCCAGCCCUUUAAGUGUAAAUAAGUUAUGCUGUAAAAUUUGAAUUUAAAGUUAGACCUUUGUUUAUACGUUUUCUUUGGCUGGAAGUCUUGUGAGUGUAAUUUAGUGAGUGUGGAUUCCUUUAAAGGACUGAUGCAGAAAAGAAGUUUGACAACAUGCAUCCAGCAUCCUGUCAGUGUGAUUGUGGAAUACCUGUAAAUAACUCUGCAGUCAAUAUGAAGUUGUUUUGUGACUUUAUAAAGUAUAUUUUUUUCAAAUUAAAAUUGGCAUUGGCGUCGAAAAUUUAAUUUAUGCUACACUACACCAUUUUAUUGAUUCCCCCACUUUUCCUUUA